AUGUGUUAUGUGCUUAUAUACCUGCAUGUGCAUGUGUCUGUUUUAUUGUUUGGGCAAACAGUGAGUCGUGAGGCCUGGCAGUGCAUUGUGGCGCAUCGACGCUCCACAGAGCAGACUAUCGCUCGCCAGCUCGAUGCCAAAGAUGGCCUGCUAAGUGGGCUAUCCACCGACCUGCGUCCGCCCUCCUCUGACUCAUUCUGCCGACCCCAGGCGCCCCUCCUCAUCGCCUCCCAUGAUCAAUUCACCGCCUCAGACAUUCUGCGUUGUCUACUCUGA